CUCCCGGGCCGCGUGGGCCGCUGAGGGGGCGGGUCUCGCAGGUACCGCCGGGGCCGGAGCUCUCCGGCGAGGCCCGAGGGCGGGGCGGCUGCGGGAGGCCCCUGCCGGCCUCCGACUGGGGCGUCCUUGCGGGGCCGCCCCCAUGUUGCGUUUUCCGACCUGUUUCCCAUCCUUCCGGGUGGUGGGAGAGAAGCAGCUGCCGCAGGAGAUCAUUUUCCUGGUCUGGUCACCCAAGCGGGAUCUCAUCGCUUUGGCCAACACGGCGGGCGAGGUAUUACUUCAUCGACUUGCAAGUUUUCAUCGAGUUUGGAGUUUUCCACCAAAUGAAAAUACAGGAAAGGAAGUGACCUGCCUGGCUUGGAGACCAGAUGGCAAACUUUUGGCCUUUGCUCUUGCUGACACCAAGAAAAUUGUUCUGUGUGAUGUAGAAAAACCUGAAAGCUUGCACUCUUUUUCCGUGGAGGCUCCAGUUUCUUGUAUGCAUUGGAUGGAAGUGACUGCAGAAAGCAGUGUUCUGACAUCCUUUUAUAAUGCUGAAGAUGAAUCAAAUCUUCUCUUACCUAAAUUACCUACACUGCCAAAAAAUUAUAGCAACACCUCAAAAAUAUUUAGUGAAGAAAAUUCUGAUGAAAUUAUUAAGCUUUUGGGAGACGUCAGGCUGAAUAUUCUUGUCCUUGGAGGAAGCUCUGGAUUUAUUGAGCUUUAUGCGUACGGAAUGUUCAAAAUUGCUCGAGUCACGGGGAUCGUCGGUACUUGUCUUGCAUUAUGUUUAUCUAGUGAUUUGAAAUCGUUAUCCGUGGUCACAGAGGUUUCUGCAGGUGGUGCCUCAGAGGUUUCAUACUUCCAGCUUGAAACCAAUCUAUUGUAUUCUUUCUUACCUGAAGUAACGCGGAUGGCUAGAAAGUUUACUCAUAUUUCAGCUCUUUUACAGUAUAUAAAUUUGUCACUAACAUGUAUGUGUGAAGCGUGGGAAGAAAUACUGAUGCAGAUGGAUUCUCGUCUCACCAAGUUCGUUCAGGAGAAGAGCACAACCACUUCAGUGCAAGAUGAAUUCAUGCACUUGCUGUUGUGGGGGAAAGCAAGUGCUGAACUUCAGACCCUCUUAAUGAACCAGUUAACAGUAAAGGGCUUAAAAAAGCUUGGCCAGUCUAUAGAGUCAUCAUAUUCCAGUAUACAAAAAUUGGUUAUAAGUCACUUACAGAGUGGCUCCGAGUCUUUAUUGUACCAUUUGAGUGAACUGAAAGGAAUGGCUUCAUGGAAGCAAAAAUACGAACCUCUUGGACUGGAUGCUGCAGGAAUCGAAGAUGCUAUUACUGCGGUGGGUUCUUUCAUACUCAAGGCAAAUGAACUUCUUCAAGUUAUAGAUAGUAGUAUGAAAAACUUCAAAGCUUUUUUCCGCUGGCUUUAUGUGGCGAUGUUGAGAAUGACAGAAGACCACGUGCUUCCGGAGCUGAAUAAGGUAAUGACUCAAAAAGAUAUUACGUUUGUUGCUGAAUUUCUUACUGAACAUUUCAAUGAGGCUCCAGACCUUUAUAAUCGAAAAGGAAAAUACUUUAACGUUGAAAAAGUUGGUCAGUACUUGAAAGAUGAAGAUGAUGAUCUUGUGUCACCUCCUAACACAGAAGGAAACCAGUGGUAUGAUUUUCUUCAAAAUAGCAACCACCUUAAAGAAAGUCCUUUGCUGUUUCCAUAUUAUCCUCGAAAAUCAUUGCAUUUUGUGAAAAGGCGGAUGGAGAACAUUAUUGACCUAUGCUUGCAAAAACCAGCCGAUGUAAUUGGAAAAUCGAUGAAUCAAGCAAUCUGUAUUCCAUUAUAUAGGGAUGCUAGAAGUGAGGACUGUACACGCAGAUUGUUCAAAUUUCCUUUUCUGUGGAAUAAUAAAACCUCAAAUCUACAUUAUCUUCUUUUUACAAUUUUAGAAGAUUCACUUUAUAAAAUGUGCAUCUUAAGGAGACAUACUGAUAUUUCCCAAUCUGUAACUAAUGGACUGAUUGCUGUUACAUUUGGGAGCUUCACCUACGCCACAACUGAAAAAGUGAGAAGAAGCACCUACAGUUGUUUAGAUGCACAGUUUUAUGAUGACGAAACCGUAACGGUAGUUCUUAAAGACACAGUGGGGCGCGAAGGAAGAGACAGACUCUUGGUCCAGUUGCCGUUGUCUUCAGUGUAUAACAGUGAGGAUUCUGCAGAAUAUCAAUUCACUGGGGAUUACUCGACAAGGCUAGAUGAACAGCGUAGUGCUAUUCCCACACGUACCAUGCAUUUUGAGAAGCAUUGGAGAUUACUGGAAAGUAUGAAAGCGCAGUACGUUGCUGGGAAUGGUUUUCGCAAAGUAUCCUGUGUGUUGAGCUCAAAUCUCCGUCAUGUAAGAGUAUUUGAAAUGGACAUAGAUGAUGAAUGGGAGCUUGAUGAGUCUUCAGAUGAAGAGGAGGAGGCCAGUAAUAAGCCUGUGAAGAUAAAGGAGGAAGUGCUUUCAGAGUCGGAGGCAGAGAACCAGCCAGCCAGUGCUGCUUUAGCUCCAGAGAUCGUCAUCAAGGUGGAAAAACUUGACCCUGAGCUGGACCCCUAAUCUAGCUUGCCAUUAUUUUGUACGUUCUCAUUAUGUCAGGAAGGACAUGGGAGAUGGACUAAGAUGUUUUGGACCACUCUUAAUUUUCUUUGUGUAACAAAGAAAUAAACCAUAGAUUAUAUUUUUCCUUACUCUGCUUCAUCUUCUCUUAGUGGUGUAGUCACUAUGAUAGACUUUCUUCUUGCUGAGAUUUCUUUUUAAUACUGUGUGCAGAAUUCAUAUUUAAAGUAAAGAUAAAUUGAAUGGGAAGAGAAUUUCAGUCUUUUCUGUUAAAAGAUAGGUACUAGAAAUCAUUCCUAUAUCAAGAAGAAAUUAAAUUUAAAUAAUCAAAAUGUA